AUGAAAGUAACACAAAAGCCAAAGAUAAUAUUCAUCCCUUACCCGGCGCAAGGCCAUGUCACCCCGAUGCUCCACCUCGCGUCGGCCUUCUUCAGUCGUGGAUUCUCCCCUGUCCUUAUGACUCCCGAGUCUAUCAACCGUAGGAUCUCAAAGUCUAACGAGGAUCUUGGAAUAACGUUCUUAGCCUUAUCAGACGGUCAAGAACGUCCGGACGCACCUCCCUCGGACUUCUUCUCGAUAGAGAAGUCGAUGGAGACCAUCAUGCCGUCUCAGCUUGAACACUUCCUGCUAGAAGAAGACGUGGGUGCGGGCCGUGUGGCUUGUGUUGUGGUUGAUUUGUUGGCUUCGUGGGCUAUAAGAGUGGCUGAUCGGCGUGGUGUUCCUGUCGCCGGAUUCUGGCCGGUGCUGUUCGCUGCUUACCGUAUGAUCGAAUCUAUACCAGAGCUAGUACGGACAGGCAUAGUCUCCCGAAAAGUUAUAAUUGUACCAUUAGGCUGUCCUCGUCAACCAGAAAAACAAUUACUCCUACCGGAGCAACCGCUCCUAUACACUGGAGAUCUAUUGUGGCUGAUCGGUACUCCGACGGCUCAAAAAAGACGAUUCAAGUUCUGGCAAAGAACCCUAGAACGAGCAAAAAGUCUCCGGUGGAUCUUGGUAAACUCAUUCAAAGACGAAUAUGAACUUGAGUUCAUUAAUAAGGACAACAACAAUCGAAACCCUCGAAUUCUUUACGUUGGUCCAUUACAUAACCAAGGAGCAACAAGUGAUAAAACUUUAACCAAGAACCCUAGUUUCUGGGAAGAAGACAGAUCUUGUCUUGGCUGGCUCCAAGAACAGAAGCCAAACUCAGUCAUUUACAUCUCAUUUGGAAGCUGGGUUUCUCCAAUAGGAGAAUCAAAGAUUAGAACGUUGGCAUUAGCGUUGGAAGCAUCAGGAAGACCUUUCAUUUGGGCGCUAAACCGGGUUUGGCAGGAGGGACUGCCACCAGGGUUUGUCAAUAGGGUCAAGAACCAAGGAAGGAUCGUGCCAUGGGCCCCACAGAUUGAAGUUCUUAAAAGCGACUCAGUGGGUUGUUAUGUGACUCAUUGUGGCUGGAACUCGACCAUGGAGGCGGUGGCAAGUUGUCGGAGGCUAGUGUGUUAUCCCGUAGCCGGAGACCAGUUUGUGAACUGUAGAUACAUUGUGGAUGUAUGGAAGAUCGGGGUGAGAAUAAGCGGGUUUGGAGAGAAGGAGGUUGAGGAUGGGUUGAGGAAAGUAAUGGAGGAUGAAGAGAUGGGUGAGAGAUUGAGGAAGUUGAGAGAUAAAGCAAUUGGGAAUGAAGCUCGUCUGUGUUUGGAUAAUAGUUUUACUAUUUUCAAGGAUGAUAUUUGUGGGUACAAUAUUUGAUUAUUGUUUUGAUUGAACCAUUGCAGUUUUUUUUUCACUCUUAAUAUAGCAAGUCAAAACUCAU